UGUCCUGCCCCUUAAUGAAGAAGCCACAGAGAGAGCGAGAGGGGGCAGCUGAUUUCUCUCCCCCCAGUACCGUUCCCUGCCAGGUUUCCUGCCCUCUUCACUGGACUCCCUCCGACAGGGACCCCCAGCAGAGUCGUCCAGGCACAGGGGUGGAUCCUCUUGCAGCUGCCAUGGCCAGUGGCAGAGAUUCGGACAGCGAGCAGGCGGUGCCCGAUGAGGGGGAUGAGGGACCGGACGUGAAGGCUGUGCAGGCCCACUAUCUCCGCAGCCCCUCACCCAGCCGGUAUUCAGUGGUAUCGGACACUGAUACAGAGAGCAUCUUCAUGGAGCCAAUCCAUCUGUCGUCUGCUGUGGCUGCCAAACAAAUAAUCAAUGAAGAACUGAAGACAAAGGACACCACGGUAGAUUCAGCGUGUCCCAGGAUGUUAGAGUCUGCGCAGCAAUUGAUGGUGGAAGACCUGUACAACCGAGUUAAGGAAAAGAUUGAUGACACCAGCUUGUUUAACACGCCGUGUGUGAUGGACUUGCAGAGGGCACUCGUGAAGGACAGGCUGGAGACCCCCAGGGAUGCUGUGGAUGAAGUCUGGCCUAAUGUCUUCAUAGCAGAAAAAAGUGUUGCAGUCAACAAAAGCCGUUUGAAGAGACUGGGGAUCACGCAUGUCUUGAAUGCAGCUCAUGGUACAGGCGUAUACACAGGACCAGGUUUCUACAACGGUCUGAAUAUCCAAUACCUGGGCAUUGAGGUGGAUGAUUUUCCAGAUAUGGAUAUCUCCAAACACUUCCGCCCAGCUGCAGAGUUCCUUGACGAAGCACUGCUGACUUACAGGGGCAAAAUCCUUGUCAGCAGUGAAAUGGGAAUCAGUCGCUCAGCUGUGCUGGUGGCUGCUUACCUGAUGAUCUACCACCAUAUGACCAUUCUGGAGGCUCUGAUGACUCUAAGAAAGAAGCGUGCCAUUUACCCCAAUGAUGGCUUUCUGAAGCAGCUAAGGGAGCUCAACGAGCAAUUGUUAGAGGAACGAGAGUUGGAGCAUACUGGAGACGAAGAAGUCACUCCUAGUCAAAGUCCUGUUGCCCAUGCAGGGACUUCUUCCCAGCUGUCUGGAGUUGGGGACUCAGAAAGCAUCAUGGGAGCCAAAGCCCACUCCAUCACAGUAGAAGAAGAGGACACCAGCAGCCUGCUGGGUAGUCUUAUGAGCUCUUCAUCAGCGGGAAAAACUAGCUGGGUUUCCAAACACUCCACCCUCAUCAGUGAGGAGGAAGAGGAACAGCUGUAUAAGGAAUGGAGGAAGAAACAAGGCCUGCCUGCAAAGGAACCAGGAGUUAACCAUGGAAAAAGAACUUCUCCAAAGCUUCUGGAUCAGGAAGGGGAACAAUCUGAGGAGGAUGUGGAACAGAGGAUCCAUGACUGGCAGUGCAGAAAUGAGAAAUACCAAAUGGAGGGUCCACCCAGGGAGGAGGAUGGAGAUUCCAGCAUGGGAGGAAGACCUUACCCAUCAGGUGAAUUCAGUGAUGUUGAGAGUGUGAGCAGUUUUGAGAUCCGAACCCUAAAGCAACAGUUGGAAGCCAGUAGCUUUAGCAGGAUGAGGAGGAGCCGCACAGGCUCUAUGUCUUCAGAGAGCACUUGGGACAUGUGGAACCAAAGGCUUCUGGAGAUUGAGAAGGAAGCUGCUCAGAGGUAUCGUUCUAAGAAUAAAAUUGGUGGGGAGAGACAAUCCCCAGAAACAGGAAGAAAGGAGAGGGAUGAGGACGAGGAGAGCGUGUUUUCAGACAGUAGCUCCUUUUACAAUUUCUGCCAAAAGAACAAAGACAAGUUGACUCCUCUAGAAAGGUGGAAGGUCAAGAGAAUCCAGUUUGGCUUUCACAAGAAGGAUUUAGAAUCAUCAUCAUCUUCUGCACCAUCUCCAGCAGAAGAUGGCAGCCAGGCAGGUGGGGAGGGGACAGAAGGGAAGAGUUUGUCAGAUAUUAACCUGACUGCUUACCAGGCUUGGAAAAUGAAGAGGCAGAAGAAGGUGGGCAGUGAAAGCAAGGAGGAAUUUGUGGAGUUUGCCAAAAGUGAGGAUUCUGCUUCAGCCAAAAAGAAGCAGAGGCGUGUAGAGCUCCUUGAACAUUCAAAGAAAAUUUUAGAAGAAAGCCAGUCCAUGUGCAGCUGGGAGACAGACAGUACGAUGAGUGGGAGUAUCCCACUGUCAGCUUUCUGGCCCUCAGCACCUUCUGCGGGCGGUGCCGAGGAUACAGCUUCUGCACUGAGCAUGCAGACAAAUCAUUCAUCUUUGUCACAGACCAGGAGCAGCACGGGGGCAAUGCAGCCUCAGAUGCCAAGUAUACCUCUUCCCAAUCUCCCAGUUGGCCCAGGUGACACAAUAUCCAUGGCAAGCAUUCAGAACUGGAUCGCUAAUGUGGUCAGUGAAACCAUUGCUCAAAAGCAAAAUGAGAUCAUGAUGCUGUCCCGUCCAUCGUCUGCAAUGGCCUCCAGCGUAAUGUCAGGAGACCUUGGCAGGCGUGUAGAUGAUGAUAAGGUUUCUCUUCUCAGUGCUCAGAGCGGCUCAUCUCUUGCUACCUCUCAGCUUCGCCAGCAGGACAUGCAGAGGGCUGAGUCUCAGUCUGUCCUGUCUUGCAAUACCUCAGUGAGCGCAAGGACAGAAGGACCGAGUUUAAACAUGAAGACAACACAGACAAGCAAGCCACUGUACAGCCUCUUUGCUGAUGAGGUUGACCUAAAGAAACUCAGGAGGAAGGAGAAGGAGAUGCAAAUGGAAAUGAGAGAGAAAAUGUCAGAUUAUCAAAUUGAAAAGGUAAUCAGAGACAAUAAACGCAGCACUUUAUUUAAAAAGAAGAUGACCAAAGGAGAGGAAAAUGAAAUAGAAGAUGACAGAGAGAGUACAACAAACAGCCACAGGUGCCCCUUGCAAGCAGAUCUUGACAGAACUGAUACAGUCUUUGAUCUGUCCAGUCAACCUGCAAACACAAGUGCAGCAAAAUCAGAGAUAGAGACUGAUAUUACCAAGUGGCUCAGUGGCCUGAGAGCAGGAAGAGAACCACCAUCAUAUUACGAUCAAAGUGAGAAGGCUAGAGAGAAAUAUAGCAGAUCAUCCAAAGUUAGAGAGAUGGAUUCUGAAACAUCCAGUUACAGAUUUUCCAGAUCCCAAAGAGAAGAGCUAGACAGCUGUUCUUCCUACGAGUCAAAAGGAGAUUCACUGAGAACCAUGUCAAGAUUUUCCUCUGCUUCUGCAAAAGAGGACAAAAAGAUGUAUAAGUUUACAAGGUCAAGGGUCAGUGAGACAACAAGUCCCAGAGAAGAGAGCCCAGAGCUGCAUGUUUUCAGCCGAACACCUGAGCCAUCCUUUGACUCUGAAUCCCCUGAACCAUCGACACAGAGUCGAGCUAGAUCUCAUCACGUGGAGGCGUGUGAAGAGGAGGCCAGGUCAGACAUGUCAGAAUUUGGAGCUAAGAGAAAGUUCACCCAGAGCUUUUCAAAGUCUGAAGAGGAUGGAAAGAAGGAGGCAAAAGUGGAACAAACUGAAGAAAGAUUUGCAUCUAGACAGUUCUCUCAGUACAGGCGAAGCAUGCGUAAAGAAGAGGAAGAAGAGAUGGAUGAUGAUGCCAUUAUCGCUGCUUGGAGAAGCCGACUAGAAGAAACUACGGCAAAGCUCCGGCGGCGAAGGGAAGAGUGACCAAGAUCAGAUUAGAGGAACACAAGCAGAGCCACAGAGUCCCCGAAUCACUCAUCAUUAUAUUUCUGAUAAUCCUUUGUGGUUUGUAGGGCAUUUCCUGCAGAUAGUUCUCUUCUUAAUCAAAAGCGAUAAAGGGAAGAGGUCAAGUUUUGGAAGUGUUUGUGGUUUGUCAGAAAGAAGAUGCUGGUAUUAAAUGAUCAAUGUAGGUAGGAACACAAUGUUAGAAGCCAUUAGGAGCCAGACGAUGUUUCAGCAGCAAAAGCAAGUAAUGGUGGCACCUCAAUUCAAAAGACCAAUCACAUCCCAUUUUGGUUAUUUCAAUUUCCUAGCCUCGUUAAAGACUGGACAUAUUUUUUCUAGGAUCUUUUUGAUCAUAAAUGGAAGAAGCCAACAGCCUUUUCUAGGAACUUGAAGAAUGUUCCUCUCUUAAUCAGUUUUACUUUCUACCACUGAGAAGAUACUGCCAGGUAGGCUCCAUUUUCUGCACCAGUCUUAUGAAUGUCUACAGAAAUAAGACAGUUCAGGGGAAUACAUGUACUGUUUUACUUCACUAAGUAGCAGAAGCAAAGUGAAAUAGAAGAAAGAAGAUGCCUCCUUCUUUUUAGAAGUUCAAUGCAAUAAUGAAUGUAUUCCUGUGGUACCAUUGUUUUCUAUUAGAUGGAGUC